AUGGACAUCCGGACGGAAUACAAGAAGACUAUUGGACACACUGAACCACAGUUCGAAACACUCCGCCUCUACCACCCAUUAUUGAUAUUCACAAAGUCGACCGGAAACCUCCCGCGCACUGUCACAUAUCGCUCUAAUCAAUUAUAUCUACCACCAGAUACAAUUAUCCUGCCCAAUUUGCUUGGUAUACAAUUUCAUCCCCGAUAUUGGGGGUCCGAUUAA